CUAUGCGGACCAAGUUGACAGCGGGAAGACGCGCGUACCGCCGCCUCUAUUUCUGUCCGCGGCCGCGUUGCCCCGAUUCAACUAAAAUUACGACGCGCUGCUAUUUCCGCACUCAUCCCAAUGCCCCCUCUAGCCGGAGUCAAAUACCUUGCGAAAUUGUGUCUUAAUUUUGUAUUGAGCUUUUUGUUGCCAACACUUUUUCAGGUGCUUUCUAUUAUGAUGUAAUCUUCACCAGGUUGAAUGUGAACAAAUGUUGUGUGCAUUUGUUUACAGGUACCUAUUACCUACCUAUUAUCAUUCCGAAGAAUUAUUACAGAAAGAUUAUAAUAUGAUUAAGAUGGGUCAGGUUUUAAAAGAUUUUGCUUUUACUCCAAACUUAAGGAAACAAUGAUGUCCAUUGAAAAUAUAGAUAAAGAAAAUAUUAACACGUUUGUAUGAGGCCUAUUUGUUUUCUAGUUCGAACUUAUUUCGAAUCACUUCAAAGUCACCGUAUCUAUGUAAACAACUUUGUGUCAUUUCAUGAGUGAAGUGAAUACUGCAGUAUGGAAAUAUUGCAAAAGUUUAAACAAAAUGGAUAUUUUACAGCGGAACUGUACCACUUACUUUCUAAAAAGAAGUUGUGUCCUGAUUCCACGGAGAUUACUCCGUCGGAAUAUGAGAAAGAAAUGAAAAUGUCUACACAGCAGCGGCUGCAGACUUUAAAUAAUAUUGAAAUGGACAACAUCAUAAGCAUUGCUGGCAAGCACCCUAACAAGACUGUGUUAUUGUUCUCGCCCAAACUCCUCGUGUUCCAAAACUUUAAGCCUAAUGACAAAAUAGUCGCAAAAUUUUCGGUUAAAAAUAUAAGCCAGGGUCCUACUUGUCUCAACAUGGUAUUUAAAGAGUCUUCGUACUUCUUCAUCAAGCCGUAUGGAGGGCAGUUGCUGUCCAGGUUGGCUCCUGGAAUAAGCGUGACGUUUGCGAUUACCUUCUCGCCUGUACAAUAUGAGGACUACACUCACAGAGUUACUUUUUAUACAGAUCAUGAUCAAUAUGUUUUGCCUCUAAUUGCAAUGGGUCCAAGACCUAUUUUCGAUUUUCCUGAUAGAGUAGUGAUACCAAAGAUUCCACUGAAAGUAGAAAAUAAAGUUUUGCUGACGAUCCACAACAUUGGCAUGGUGCCUGCUGGAUUUACACUCACUUGUAAAUGUCCAUUUUCAGUACAGCCAAAAUCAGCGUACUUGAGUAAAGAUCAGAAAAUUGAUAUCAACGUAGCAUUUAAAACAAUGCAUUUAGGGGACACAAAUGGAAUGCUGAGUGCAAUUUUUGAAACUGGGGAGAACUUCAGUAUAAUGCUAUCGGGGAGCACUCACACCGUCAGCGUGGAAUUGGAAAAACAAGUGGUGCGGUUCUUCGACACCUACAACACGAUGAUGCGCCAACAAUCUUUCAAGAUCAUCAACAAAUCUGAUCAUUUGCUCACUUACAUGUUUAUGAAGAAUGACAACGUUUAUUAUGAUUUCGAAGAGAAAGUAAAAUUAGCAACAAUAUUUUACAACAUGAAGGAAAGUGAGUCAGCAAAGUACAUGAAGUUGGUACAAUACGACGUGCUGAGCAGUGACGAACAUGAAAGAGUUUAUACUAGGAUAUUUUAUGACGAGAUCCAAUCACUUGUGGCUGACGAAACCUUACGUUAUCAAAAUACUCACUUCUCUAUAGAACCAAUCAAAGGAAAGCUAUGGCCCAACAAAGCAACAGAGCUUACAAUAACGUUCUGCCCCAAAGAGAUCGGGGAGUUUCACACCACCGCUUACAUAGACAUCGAUGGUUACGUGAACCGGGUACCCUUGGACCUCGUGGGCAUCUCCCUGCCUCCCUCCAUCAACCUGAACAUUGAGACGCUCGAUAUGGACUGCGUGUAUAUCAACAAGCCUUAUAAUUACGAGAUUGUUGCCAUUAACAAAGGGCACAUAAACGGAGUAAUAGUAUACAAAGAUAUUCCUACACUAUUUGGCAGCAUAAUAUCUUGUACUCCGGAGCUACACUGCUUGAAACCCGGGGAUAAAGAAAUAUUUGUAAUUUCUUUUUGCAAUUCCAAUCAGGGACCGUUUUUUGAAGAAGUUAAUUUUAACAUUCGAGAUACAGAUGUGGUCUUAAAGCUCUAUUUGAAAGGCGAAGUAAUAUAUCCAUCACUUACUUUCAGUAUUCCGUGUUUAGAUUUUGGUAUGGUUAGUGUAGGUGUACCUAAAACACUGGAAUUGGACGUUAUAAAUGAGUCAGUGGUGCAUGUCUGCGGGUCUUUAAAGAUCUCAUCGGAUGGUCCAGAAAUAAGUAGCAUAACGCUAAUCGACUAUGCAGUCAGUGACCCCAAGCCUGAAAUUCCGCAAUGGCCGAGGGAGUUCAACAUAGAGCCUUGUAAAGUAGACAUAUACCCCGAGACAAGGAUAUCUAUAAGGGUGACGUUGACGGCGAACUUGGUGAGAGCGAAUCAAACUUCACUUGAGUUGGAACUGGAGAAGUCUGACAGUCCGCCGAUAGUCCUCCCCGUCAUGUUCAACGCUAUGGUCCCCGAGCUCACGCACGCGCCUGAAAUCAAACUGAGAGCCUGUUUCGUGGACUUUGCUUAUCACAAUGAGAUUAUGAUAACGUCGAAUAAUAUUAGAGGAUAUUUUACGCUAGAAGAUACUCAGGACCAAACGACUUUACAAGUGAAUGUCGGGAUUAAGGAAGGCUUUAUAGAGCCGAACAGUACAAUAUGCCUACCAGUCAGUAUAAAAACUAGUGUUCUUGGAAUCCAAGAAAAUGGAGUGAGAAUGCGUUUAUUUGGUCAGUCGAAGCCUUUGGAGAUCUGCCACAUCACGGGGUGCGGAGUCCGCCCUAUCGUCACGUGCACGCCCAUGGCAUUACAUUGGGGACAAGUUAAAUUAUUGACCAAAUCGCAAAAAAUUCUGACGCUCUGCAAUGAUUCUCCAGUUAAUGUGAACUUUACUGCGACGUUGUUGAACAAAGACGGUAGGUGGCAAAUAACUCCAGCCGAAGGCUCUGUGGAGCCUGAAUCAGAAACGGAUUUGACAUUAACUUUGUAUUUAUUUGACGCUGAUUCCUAUACCAAUAAAGCAGUAAUACAUUUAGACAAAGUUAAAGACAUUUUAGUGCCGUUAUCUGCAACUGGUAUCGGGACGAGCAUAGUAGUCAGUGAAUUACGGGACCAAAUUGUUUUAGGACGACAUUUCACAAAAAUCCCGCUUGAUGGUAAAGUUAUUAUAGAAAACUGUGGAACACGUUUGCAUGCACUCGAGUGGAGCGAACAUUAUAAAGCACCUAAAACUAAACAACCAGCAGCAGGUUUCUUCAAUUUGGAUCCUCGGUCAUUUAAAAUUUCUGCAGGGGAAAAAUUUGAAUUGACGGUAACAGGGAUUUCUUAUAAAGUAACGACCGUCAAAGAAAUGUGGUAUUUGGUCGGCAGUGUCGAAGGGAUAAAUAAAAAAGAGUUGUUAAUGGAGUGCCAGGUUGUAGCAGAGUUCGUGGAUCCUAAAAUAGAAGUGUCUUCUACAGUUGUAGAUUUUCAAUACGACUACGGACCUUACAGCGAAUUUUAUAAGUUGACAGAUAUUAUCACAAUAAAGAAUGUCUCCAAGCUGCCUCUGGAUAUAGACAUUAGUGUUAAGCCACCAUUCGCAAUUAUUCAGAAGCAAAGCACAUACAAAAUACCACCCGACGAAGAAAAUAUGUGUUGUUGCAUUCGAUACAGGAAAUCUGAUUUAAAUCUUCAAAAUAUAUUGAACAAAAUCGGUCCUCAUCAAUCACGUACAUUUAUUGACUAUCUUACGUCGAAACCCGUGCAGCCAUUGCGAAAAGGGCCUCUGCAAUUUUUUCAAGACAUCCAUAAAAUUAAAAUGGCAUUCAAUCUCACUCAUACGGUGGAGGAGCGAUUAGAAGACCAAGAUGUGAUGAAAUUGCAGAUUCUCUUCGAUACCACCAAACACCUGAAUCUCAAGUCUAGAGUGUACUGCGAUGUUAUGAGGAUUAAGUUUAAGGGACACAAAAACAAAGAUGCUAUAAAACUAGUCGGAAAAAUAAACUUCCCAAAUAUAUUUGUUUUAUCUCCCCGAGUUGAUUUUCAGUGCAUUUUAAAUGGAAGUAUACAAAGCAAACAAAUAAAAAUUCAAAAUGCGACACCACUUAUGGUUUGUUACAGAUUUCAUUGGAAAAAAUGUUUGAUUACAAAUAUUCCUGUGGUAUGUACACACUAAAUAAAUCUCGCGACAAGCUUUCAAAACAUAUAAAUUGUGUCAAAUAUUUGUUUGCAGGAUUCGCAAAGUCCACUCGGGUCACAAGAUAACAAAGAAAGCGGCAAUAAAGAGUCAGUGCUGAAUGAUAUCGCAAUGACUGCCACUGAUGUUGAUUUGAAUGUAGAUAGUAACAAUUUGAGAGAUCGCCUGAUAAGAAAGAUAGCCCCCAUGAUAGACGGUGACUAUGACACUGAAUUUGAAUGGAUAUACAAGUUUGCCAGACUCACCAAGUCUAAUAACAAAAUUAAUAUAAAUGACGUACUGCAACUGGUGUCGCACCGAGGAAUGCUCAAGCCCGGGGAAACUCAGUACGUGCACGUGAUAUUUAGACCCAAGUUUAACAUCAACGUCCGCGCGCUGCUCGAGUGCGAAGUGUUGGGCGGGCCUCCGGAGACGAUCAUAAUUACCGGACAGAGUUCUGAUUUAAUGUAUGAAAUAAAUACUGAAACGAUUAACUUCAAAAUAAGGUCUUUUCAUGAAAAUGCUAUUGAGCAGUUAAAAAUAUCUAAUAUAGCGCAACUCAAUUUUGAAUAUAAAACAUAUCUAAAUGAACCUAAGUUUGACAAUGAAUUAGAAGCCACAAUUCUUGAACUACAACCUUCCGAGAAAUCAUUAGAACCAGAGGAACAAGCGGAAAUGAAAAUUGUUAUGAGGCCUGGUGUUGUGGGUUAUUUUCGUAGAGUUUUCUUAUUGGAAAUUGGUCAUCUACCCCAUAUUCCUAUUGAAGUAUUCGGUUGGGGUGUUAUACCUCAAAUAUAUUUGACGUUACAUAAGCCGCAUACCAUAGAAGAACGGAAUCCAGAAAUCGGAUAUAGGGCCAUUCCAAGUUUGACGCAGCAAUAUUUGGCAGCACUCAGUGACAUUUUCAGUAAAGGCAAAGAGGAACACUUGAACUCACCUUUGACUGAAAAAUGUUUUGAAGAUCCUGAUUUUCAUGGAGACUGGCAUAUUUGUUCGUCUUGGGAUGGCUAUCCUUCCAUAAUGGACAUUGACUUGGCUAUAGAAAGACUAUUGGUGAUAGAACAUAUAAGGCAACGUCCGGAAAUAUUGGCCGCUUACUUUACGAGUUCGAAAAUGGGACCUAUUUCAGGGUUUUGCACUGCGCCCUACGUCAUCGAUUACGGCGUGGUCAUAACUGGAAGCACUGUGCAGUGUACAGCUGAGGUGAUCAAUUACGGACCGAUUGCGACGAAGAUGCAUUUCGCAAAAGGAACUAGUGUACCGCAAUGGUUGUCUAUGAAACUAUGUGGAAAGCUGGCUCCUGGGGAGACUGGAAAAUUAGAAGUUACGUUUACGCCCACAUCAGCUGAUUUCACUGAACUGGAGCAAAAUGUGGAAACAGCUUUUAACCUCGAGGUGCCAUACGGAGUAACAAUUCCAAUACAAAUCAAAGCACUUUGCGCAGUUCCGUACUUGGUAUCAAAUUCGACGUGCAUUGAUUUUGGAUCGGUGCGAUGUGGCGAUAAAAUUAUUAGUUCGAUUCCAUUAAAAAAUGUGGGUAGGCCAACAUGCAUUUGGUAUGUCACUUUGAGGCUGAAGGCACCGGGAGUUAUUCCCAUGGUGGUGCUCGACAGUUCAGGGAAAUACGAGCCUGGUGAAGGCGGCUGGCUCAGCGUUGCUUUCAAACCCACUAUGGAGAUGAUGUAUGAAGGCAUGCUGAUAUUCAGAUUUCACAUGAACCCCAAUAAAAUGACGAUCCCAGUGACUGGGCAAGGCAUAGUGCCCCACGUGCACGUCAUAGGGCCGAACGUGAACUUCCCACCGACAUUGCCGUGGGCUGAAAAAACUGACAUUUACUUCGGUCUUACGAAUCCUUGUCCGUUCCCCAUAGAGCUGAUAAUAGCUCAUACUGAUGACAAGUGGAAAGAAGAAGAUGAAAUAUUCCAACUUCUCUAUAAAUACUACAAUAAGCCAGAAGAAAUGUUGGUUCCGGCAGUUAAGCCGGGAGUAGGGCUGCCACGAGAAAUUGUCAACUUUUACCGUAACUUCAUCGAUCAAGUCAAAAAGACAAAAGAGGAUGAACUAGCUUUGAGCAAUAAAGUGAUUACGACUAAAGCUUCCACUUCGGCAAAGAAAAGUAAAAGCCCAAAGUCAAGUCAAAAAUCUCAGAUUCAGCCGAAAGAAACACCGCCUAUAAAAGUCCGAACUGAGGCUGAAAUUAUUGCUGACGAAAUCAGAGAUAUGAAAGAGAGGCACGUCGAUCCGUUGCAGGCAUGCUUACAUGUUUUCGAUACCAACACAUCUGAUACGCCUAGCGAAAAACAAUCAAAAGGCAUUCUCAUAUUUUUUCAUGGGUCCCCGUGUGAAGAAAUGCAAUGUCAAGAAAUGGCGUAUACAGUGGGCAAACAUCUCGAUAUACCUACAAUAAAUGUGGAUCUGUGUAUAGUUCAAGCAUUAUGUGAAACUGACACUCCGGCUAAAGAUAUACUUGUGACUGCUAUUCAGGAAAAUUACGAGAUCAUGAAAAGGAACAUGAGAAACGACUCGACUCCUAAUGAUGAACAUGAUGAAGAUGAUUUCGACGAGUUACAAGAUGAGUUCGAGAUUCUUUUAAAGAAAAUUCAAUGUCUGGCCAACACGAAAAACGUGGCCACUCCUCGUUCGAGAGCCAGCGAUAAGAAGAAAAAGCGCUCGCCCACUUCAUCAGUCGCUUCUCAUACUGUUUUGGGAGCCAUGGGAUCAACGACUUUGUUUCAGAUGGACUUGGUGGAAGAACUUCUUUCUGAGUUAUUCCUUCAGCCGAAGUUCCACCGUGGUUUCGUGGUAGAUUCGCUGACAAGCAUGGUGAUAAAGAAUCCACAGUUAGUGCUGACCACGCUGAUAAGGUGCAAACGUAGCAUUAAGAACUUGCACCUCGUACUGUGUCAUUCAGACUUCGCUAAAUGGUCACAAGCGCAUGACGAAGCCCAACGUGAAGCUGACAUCUUGUUUGACGAGACGCGUUCAAAAGUCUAUGAUGAGACUGAAAUACAAAGUAUUGUAGAAUCGUUUGACAAGAUGGACGCCCUAGAGUAUGAUAUGUCAUCACCAGAGUUAAAGGCCUUGUACAUUACUUACGGAUUAGACAGUAGAAGAAAAAAAUAUUUAGAAAAAGCGGGCUUGGAUUUCAGGCCAUCAACGGAAAAUAGUAAGAAAGAAAAAUCUGGUAGAGGCGAAACACGAAGUUCACAUUCGUUAGCAGCAGAUCCAGCUGAGUCUAAGAAAAAAAUGAAGAAAGAUGAUCCCAAAGCCAAGCAAACAACUGAACAUGCUGCAAUGAAUGCGAAAUACAACGAAUACAAUAAGAUUACCUACGAGCAACUUAUAAAUAUCGCAAAUAAUUGGAUCAUAGACGACGCUGAUGUGGGCACGCCUUUAUUAGCCUUUAACGGACAAGUGGUAGGAGUAGCUCAAAAGAAACUUAAGAAAAAAUCUGAAGUGCAACUGCAGGUAUCAGAAGCCAAUUUCGCCGAGAGAGGAUUCCCGUUGACAUUAAUAAUGUGUCCGUGUUUGCACUACAAGCAAGCUCUGGCCAGAAUGUUUUCGCACUCCACCAUCGUCAGAGAAGCUUUAACUGAGGAAGAGCCAUGUGAUCUACUUAAAUGUCCUGUAAAUAGAAAAGAAUAUACUGUCUUAUUACCCAAAACUUUUCCGACAAUACAUCAUGAGCCACCGCUUAAAUGGUGGUAUUUAGACGAAGCUCCGAUAAAAAAAUGCGAAUGUAAUCAAUUGACAGAUUUGAAUUUGUUGGAUGACUCCAAUCAAGAUAAUGUGUUAAAUAUUCUUUCGAAGUGGCAUUGCACUUGUGGCAAAAAGGUAACUUCUUCUCAAACAUCGACGAGUGACAUUCCAUCAACAUCUGUAGAGAAAAUGCACGAGGAAAAUGAAGACGUCCACGACACACGGCCUCUUCCGUUAACCAGCGUCAAACCUAUUGAGUCUCCCGGAGGACGUCUAGUACUGCAACCUGGAGAUCUCGUGAGAUGCAAAUACUCUUUUAGCCCUCAGGAAGAAGGAAACUAUAGCGUCAAACGAUUUGUUGAAGUCAGUGGGUGGCCUGAGUCGAGAACUGAUAUUAACGUUAACGGAAUCUGUGAUUUACCCAGAUUGGAUAGCCGCCCUAAAAAGAUGUUUGAAAAUUUUGUAAGAAGAACUCAAGAGAACAACGUAUACAAAAUUACUUAUUUGGAUGAUCUAAAAGUUUUUGAAUUUGGACCGAUAUUUGUGGGAUCGAAUAGAAUCUAUGAGGAAGAUUACAAAAUUGAUUUAAAAAAUUCUUCACUAGUUACUGCAGAUGUUGUGAUUGAGUUUUUAGAAGAUACGACAACAUUUCAAAUAGACAAAACUUUUAUGAAGUUGGAACCCGGCUGUCGAGACAAGCUGACAAUUUCCGCGGCUCCUGCAGAAGUGGGUGUACACAGGAGCGUAUUAUUAUUCUGUGUCAAGGAUAAUCCUGAAAUAGUAAUGGUGAACAUCGCUUGUAGCGGAGUUUAUCCGAUCGUGGAAAUACUACCGCUGACUAAGAUGAUUGAGUAUGGAAAGCUUUUACUAUACCGCCGAGAAGAUGAUAGAUUUAUUGUGAAGAACGAUUCGAUCCUUCCAAUAAUGUGGAAGAUACGCAACGCUAGUGAAUUUGUGGAAGACUUUAUAAUAUCGCAGACUUCUGGCAUUGUUCUGAGACAAGACAAUCAGGUCGUGCCUAUUACGUACAUAGCUUGCCGAGUUGGAGUUAUUGUUCAAAAAAUUUUGUCGAUCGACAUCUAUGACGCAGAAGGUCGCGGGGAUCCGAUGCUGGUUGACAAUUUGUCACUAUCAGCGGAGUGCUAUGACGUCAUGGUUGAAUGUGCGCACGAGAACCCAAGCGAGAACUACCUCAAUUAUGGCAACGUCAAAGUUAAUUCCACAGUUAUACGGGAAAUGUACUUGCUUAAUCGAGGAAAAUAUAAUAUUUACUACAAGUUGAAAAAGGUGAAAAACUUCCCCGAACCCUCUCUCUUGCGGUCUUUCGAAGCUAUCCCGGAGUGCGGCAUGGUUCCUGCGACGCUUAAGCUGAUAGCCAUCGAGUUCGAGUGCACGCCCACCACGUCGAUGAACCUGGUGAACGUGCCCGCGUACACGUGCUCGCUGCUGGACGGCAGCAAGGACCAGGUCGUCGUGGCCAAGUUCCCAGUUUGUGUGACCAUUGCUUCCUUUUAUAAUACUUUUACCCUAUUCCCGCUGGGUGAAUUAAACUUCCACAUAAUACCAGUGGGUACGGGUAUAAUGAGGGAUGUUAUCCUGAACAAUACAAGCAAAUGUCCAGUAACCUAUGAGAUAGUUCUACCGGUUGCUUACAAAGUGGACCCUGCACUCCCUCCACCCGUCCCGAAAGGCAAAGACAACAAGAUUAGAAAUCCUCCACUGAAAUGUGGGAAUUUCCUCAUCAUGAACGAAGACAACCUACUUCCUCCUGGAACAAGUCGGACCAUACAGAUUCAAUUUUUCGCAACUGCAGCGAGGAAGUUUGAGGAAACCAUCAAUUUUGUCAUAAGCGACACAUGUCCGGCGGAGGCUCAGGGGGUGCCUCUUAGACUAGUCGGUACAGGGGCUAUGCCUACCCUAGACCUGUGGAAUAUUGAGACCACUUUUAGAGAACAUUUAAUUGUUAAAAAUUUAUCUGAGUACAAAGUUCCAGAGUCGUCACCACAUUGCGUUUUCGCGGAGAAUUCAGUGACUUUGCAUUUUUUCGGCGUCACAGUCAAUUCGAGUCAUACGGGAGCAAUAGAUCUUUACAACAAUGGACUUGUUGCAUGUGCACUUACUAUGAAACUUCAUCCUCAAUCAAAUUCGGCGCCUGGAAUUUUCUCACUGGAUAAAUUCGAGACUCAUAUAGAACCUUUGCUGCACAAGAAUUUAGGAAUCAUUUUCACUCCUAAAGCACUGCAGGAGUAUCGUGCAGUAUUGGAAAUCAAAUUAAAAUUACUUGAUAAUCAAGAGCAGUCAUUCAAGAUAUGUCUGAUCGGCGAAGGUGUUAUACCUAGAAUAGCGUUGGUAUCACCUCGGUUGAAGCACCAGAGGGUUGCUUCGCUACAAUUCCCGGUCACAUGUCUAGGAUCCGUCAGCCACAAAGCUAUUCGCUUCAAAAAUAUUAGCUCUGUAAACAGCGUGGUCGUUUUAGACGUUUUACAAUCGAUGGACGAAGUAAGACCCAUAUUCUGGUUGUGUGCUGCACCCGAAACUGAACAUAUGGUCAUACUUGGAGAUCCUGACGACAUCAACCUUCGUAUGAAAGUUGUGCUCAGACCAGCGGUAUUAGCGGUUUUAUAUAUUUAUUAUAAUCCUAUAAGCAAGGGAAAAAUAAGCUGUGAUGUGAAAAUUACUAUUGAAGAAAACCCUUACGAAUAUUUUACUGUACUAUGUGAAGGCGAAUCGUUUAUGGAAGAUGUCAUAUUGAUGGGACUAGAAAUGCUCUCCAUGGACAUCGAUCUCGAAGCGUAUAAGUUAUCUGCAGAAGGGACCGUGUCAACUGUAUCUACGGUAGAAAAGAAGAGUAAAACGGCAAGUAUAGAGAAGAAGAAAUCCAAGUCGACUGCGGGGGCGACCGACAGCAAGAAGGCGAGGAAGGUGUCCAACGCGUCUGCGCGGCACAGUGAAGCAACUAGCAUGGAGCCAUCCCUCCUUAAAUACAUCCUAAAUUUUGGUGGCUGCGAAUUAUGUUCUUUACAAAGAAGAUCAGUUGUGAUGGUGAAUAAUUCUGAAAAAGUAUACAAGUUCACGUGGGCCGAAGUGGACUGCCUCGUCAUUAAACCUUCCAUGGGUUACAUAUCGCCGGGCGAAGAGAAAGAUUUAGAAAUUAUUUUUUUCUCGGCACAACCUAUUUCUUUACGAAAGGAGUUCCUAACUUGCACGUUGAUAGCUAUUAGUGAUGACUCACUAACACUGGAUAUGAAGGGGACGACUUGGGACAAUCGACAAAUAGUCACCCUGUUUGAUCAUAAUACAGAUUUAAGCCUCAAUCAAAGAUGUGAGACUCUUAUAGACGAACAAACGAUUCCGCCAUCAGAUUAUUUCUUAGGAGGCAUAAAUAUGGUGAUUGUAUAUUCAGCGCAAACUGAAUACACGAAAUAUCUUACCCAAUUACCGGAAAGUAAAGCAUUGCCUGAUACGUUUAUUUAUCAGACAAGACAUUUCGACUUUACCGUUGAAAAUGUUGGUCAUGUUCCCAUGAAAAUCGUAUGGAGUUUUCAAAUAGACGACGAAUUUCCAGCACGAAUAGACAAGCACCAAAUGAAAAGUUUCGAGUUCAAACCGGAUGAAGUUCCUGAAAUAGACCAAAGUAUUGUGGGCAAUGUCUCUACAAACAAUGGGAAUGACCCAACAACAGAACCUCCGGUUGAAAAUGAGCCGAGCAAUGUGACGCUGUUCAGUAACAGUCAGGGCCGAGACAGCGUUGACACUUGGUUCGAGGUAGAUUUACCGUUCUCAAUAGAGCCUAUCAAAGAUUGCCUGAUGCCUGGUGAAAGCCGUGACUUCAGAGUCACGUUUUCGCCCCUUGACGCAUUUGAUUUCAAAGUGAGACUGAAAAGUUCUAUAGAUAAUUUGGAUCCAUAUGAUCAGAAUAUAUCGUGUAAGCUAACAGCGCGUUCCGUUAUUCCGUACGUCCACUUGGACAUCGAAGAGAGUGACUAUUUGACAUCCGGCAGAAGGAAGAUCACGGGUGUAGCCUUGCCUCCACACAUGACUGUGUUGGAGUUCAAUGUUUUGGGCUCUGGAUGUUAUAAAAAAACAUUCAAUGUGAUAAACCCGACGAGCGAAGCGUACGAGUUCAUAUUCGAGAUGAUAAUGUCUGACAAGCCGGAGCUGAUCCCAGUUCACUGCAACAUGCUGAAGGGCUACGUCGAAGGAGGCACGUCCACUGAUGUUACCUUCACGUUUUCCCCUACUGCCCCUGGGGAUUACGAAUCUCAGUGGAAGUUCCUCAUACCAGUAUAUAACCUAGUUAUGAACAUAUUGGUCGUCGGUUUGGUAAGAGAACCCGAUGUCAUAUUCGUUCCAACAAUUCUUGUGAUUAGAAACUCAUUAGUCGGCUUCACGUCUACGAACGUCGUUAUGUUGAAGAAUAAUGAGACUGAAGCUCUUAAGUUUGAGUUCAAGGGUAAUUCGCUGUGCAAUGAAUCUGGCAAGACGCCCGUUAUUUGUGAACCUAAUCAAGGGAUGCUGAAACCGAGAUCAGAAACACCUAUUAACAUAAUUUAUACACCAAUCCAAGAUGGCCCACUAUCGUUUAAAAUAUUUUGUAACAUUACCUAUUUGACCAAGUAUCUAACUCUUUGCGUGAAUGCGCUGAGCUUCUCAAUUAAACCCAAAGUGACUUACUAUUUGAUUGGUAAUGAGCAUAUACUGAACAGCGAAGCUAUUACUAACAUACACUUAGAUCAGACUGCCUCAACAUACGAGAGAACAAUACCGUUUACUAUAAGGAACGAUGGUUCGGCAACGUUUUUCUUCGAGUGGAACUACAACGGGUCCAACGUUAAGAAGUACAUGCAGCUGAGCGUUGAGCCCAAGAGUGGUCACGUGACGCCUGGAGGCGAACUGGAGUGCACUCUGUACUUUACCGUCAAGCAAGUGCCGGUGCAGGCAUUCCCUGUUACACUGUCGAUUUCAGAUGGUCCUGAGUACAGCAUUUUUAUUCACGCAGAAAUUGAGAAACCUUUGUAUCACUUCUCAUGCAUGAACUUUGACUUCGGAAAAUGUUUUAUUCAUACUCCGGAUACAACAUAUAAGAGGAAUAUUGCAUUUACUAACGAUGAUAAAGUUCCAAUUAUAGUGGACCUAAACUUUGCAAAUCUGCCGGAACUAUUCGUAGAUUAUGAGAAAGUAUCGAGUGUGAAGCCAGGAAGACGUCUGAAAAUAGCUAUCUACUUCAGGCCAAAGCAGGUCAAAGAAUAUGAAUUUACUUUGCAAUUUUGGGUGAACUCUCUUUGCGAAGAAAAUAUAGUUAUCAAAGGAGAAGGUAUUCCUCUUCUAUUCGAUCUUUACGAAGGCUGUCAAAAGAGUUUUGACUUGGGCCACGUGAAAGUAGGGGAAAAAUUAGUUCGCACAAUAGAAGUGAUGAACCAUAGUAAAAUACCAAUAGAAGCCUCUUACAUAUUUAGAGAAAUGUAUCCCAUGGUUGAUGAUACGACUAAGUCAGACGCUACCAGUGUUUGUUUAAGUCCAGGGACUUCACAUAUGCCUUCCAAUAUAGGGCCAUCGAGGGUGCAAAUGUUGCAAACAUACAAAAACGAUAAAAUUCGAAACCAAAUCGCUAUGGAUAUUCAGAAUGCACUGUCUUCAUUGAAAGUUAUACCAAACAAGUGCACGAUAAGCCCAUACAGAAAGGUUCCAUUAAAAAUACAAUUCAAGCCAGUUGGCAUGAUAAGCACGCUCAACGUUCAGUUAAAUAUGAAAGUGUUCCACUUUGAGCGGCCUCUAGUGCGUCUAAGCGGCUGCGCCACAGGAAUGAGCCUGGCCUUCAGUCAGAACUCGCUGCAGUUUGGCCGCGUGCGCAAGCGUGGGUGCAAGAUUCUAAAAGUAAUGCUACUGAACAAGGGGGAUUUUGGCGCCAGAUUUUGGUGGCAACCAUUGAUAUCGGAUGAAUUUACGAUAUCUCCGCAGUACGGCACAAUUGCCGCGCAUACCAAUGUGACAUUUACCAUUACUUUCAGACCUAAAAAUCACAACCCCUUCAUUAAAGUAUGGGCAAGUUGUAACAUAGAAAACUAUACGCCUCUCGAACUAGCCCUAUACGCAUCUUGCGUCGACAUGGGGAAUGUUCAGAACAAAACUCUGUACUUGGAAUGCCCUGUCCGAGACAUAAGCACAGGCUAUAUUACCGUCACUAACCCAACUGACGAUUUAUGGCUGAUUCUCUCUGAAGUAUCAGGUGGGCCGUUCGAAACUUGGAAAGAAUUCCACAUGGAGCCCAAUUCUACGUUAGAUAUUCCAAUCAAUUUUAAACCAAAAACUAUUGGAAAGCAUGAAAGUCAAGUCUUGUUUUCACCUCUAGGUGAAAGCGCGUUAUUUGUGUCAUUAAUUGGAGUUGCCGCUCAUCCUAACCCUAAUGGCACCAUUAAUAUAAAAGUUCCCGCCAAAGAUGUGCACGUUGAACCAUUGCCCGUGUAUAAUAUUUCUGAGUUCCCGGAAUCUUAUAUAGUAUCUACAGAGGUAGAGAGAAUAAGUCCUGACAGAUUCGAAGGCCACUAUGAAAUCAAGUGCCCAGAAACUAUCAAGACGUGGGGCGAAGCGACUGCCACGUGCCGUUGGACCUACGUAUGUUACGAGGAGUGCGAUAUGACACUUAAAGUGAUGUUCACAAACGAAGAGAGUCGCGAGUACCAAUACUAUAUCAUCAACGUUUCUGUGACGCCGAGUCAUAUAGUGGACACUUUGACUUUCGUAUCACGUGCGCGUGAGAUGGCGCAAAAUGAACUGAUCGUCAAAAAUCCGCUGGGAGAUGACGCUGAAUUCUUCAUCAGUUGUGAAAAGCUGCAGUGUCCCGACACUUUGAAAAUCAAUAGGAAAUCUGAGGCAGUACUGACAAUGACAUAUUCGCCUUUAGUGGUUGGCGAAACUGAAGACUAUUUAGAGGUCUCAAAUGAUUUAGUCGGCACUUUUGUCUACAAAAUAAUAUUAAAAUGUCUACCUGCAAAGGAGAAAAAUCUUGAAUACACCGCUUCACUGGGAACUAAUAUGCCAAUCCGUCUCAGGGUGCAUAACAAGACUGAUUCCAGAGCUGAGUUUGAGUGCACGGUAUCUCACCCAUCUAUACAAGCUGAUGAACGUUACACACUGAGUGCACAAGAGAAAGGGAAGUUUUUGGUAUGGUUUGAGCCGACUGAGCUUGGCGUACAAACCAGUAGAAUUUCUUUCAAUUCAGUUGACGCUGGUGAAUUUGUAUACAUUAUAAAAGGAACUGGUACAGAACCGAAACCGAAAGGGCCUUACGAAAUUAGAGCUGGUGGAUCCAUAAUUAUAAAGUUUAAAAACGUUUUCGAUGAUACGAGAAUGUUUAAAAUAUAUGUUGACAAUGAUGAAUUUUAUGUGAAGACUUUGUAUGAACCAAUUCGACCUAAAAAGGAUCUCAAGAUUCAAGUAUCCUUGGUAGAAAGACCAGUAACAGGGUGGACUGAAAUGCCCACUGGCGCUCUCACUGUUGAAAACUGCGAGCCACCAAACCCAAAGGUGCAUUGGACUUACUUCUUGCAAGGAAUACCUUGA